AUGACACAACCUUAUAGAAUUCAAGAAGUGGUAAGCGAAUUCAGCCACAAAGCAUACAACAACACUGGAAUGGCACGAAAUCGUAGAGGCGAUAAAAUUCCACGAACGACAACAGGAGAAACGUCGAUGAAUAGUAAUGAACCAGCAUCUACGGUUGAGGAGGUAACUGAAUCGAGUGACAGUAAAAAGGAGAAAAAUAAUGAACAAAUUCAACCUGAAAAUUAUACCCAAAAUUUAGAAUCAGCACCCUCUCCUGAAGUAAUUGAAUUGAGUGACAGUGAAGAGCAAGUUCAACCCGAGAAUUCCAAUAACUCAUCUUCUCAAAAUGACACUCAGAAUGCGAUACAACAUGAGGCGGAACCCGAUUAUGAUAAUGAGGAGGUGCUCAAUUAUGAUAAUGAGGAGGAGCUCGAUUAUGAUAAUAUAGAGCCAAAUAUCAUGGAAAUUCAAGCAGAAAUUCGCGAAGAAUUAUUUAUCCGGCCAGAUACGUUCUCAAACUGA